UUAAGAAUUAGAACAAACUGGCCUCGCAAUAACAAAAAGACCCUUCUAUUUUGAAAACAGUACUUGAAUCAGGCAUCUGCAAAUGUAACUAUAUUACUAAUGCAUCUUAGAACUCUUGUACACGCUGGCAUCCAAAGCCUGCAGACGUUUGCCGGAAAAUAAAAAAAAAUACAGGUAAAGAAGAUCAAAAUUUCUGCCGUGUAAAUCAUGAAGUAUAUUUUAUUAAUUUUUACAUGUGUGUCGAGUGCGUACUUCGUGCGCGGGCAGUCAUCAUGUUCUACGCCCAGUGGUGGAAAAGGGCAUUGCAUAUCUAUAUACAAGUGCUCUCCUCUCGUCACAAUAAUAAACAAAAAGGAAAGAACACAACAAGACAUUGACUUUUUGAGAAAAUCACAGUGUGGCUUUGAGGGACAAACACCGAAGGUAUGCUGUCCAGUAGAGUGUUAUACACCUGACGGAAAACCAGGCAAAUGCAUCAGUAUAAAUUCUUGUCAACACUUGCUAUCGAUGCUUGAACCGCCAUCGCCCAAGGAACACAUCGAAUAUGUACAAAAUUCUAAAUGCGAUAGUUUAGAACAAUACAGCGUGUGCUGCGGCCCUCCCAGUAAAAAAUUCGAAAAACCAAUUCAAGAUGGCAAUUGUCAAGACAAUAUAAACGCAUUCCCGCCAGACCCGUUAAAUGGAUGCUGCGGAAUUGAUGGUAAAGUGAACAAUAAGAUUUUUGCUUAUGGAGGAAUAGCAACGGGCAUUGACGAAUACCCGUGGCUGAUACUGAUCGAGUACGUAAAGAACGGAGUCGUCAAAACGUUGUGUGGUGGAUCAUUAAUUAGCGCCAAAUAUGUGUUGACAGUCGGCCAUUGCGUCGCCGGGAGCAUUUUAAAACAAGGAACCCCAAAAAACGUGCGUCUUGGCGAAUAUGAUACAAGCAACGAUGGGAGAGAUUGUGUAGUGACACAGGAAAAUGAGAUGGACUGCGCGGAUCCUCCCGUUACUAUACCCAUCGAGCUCACCAUCCCCCAUCCUCAAUACGACCCCAUCACACGGAAAAACGACAUCGCUCUGAUCAGGAUGAAGCAAAAUGCACCUUACACAGAUUUCAUUCGGCCCAUUUGCCUCCCAACAGUGGACGUCACUGCGUCCCCCCCACAAAACUUCACGCUAUUUGUGGCAGGCUGGGGGGCGUAUAAUGAGACCGUUAAGAAGAGCAAUAUCAAGCUACACGUGUCUGUUCCGUAUGUCAAAUUAAAUGAGUGUAUACCAGUGUACAACCUCACUAAACGCAGUGCCCCCUUAUGGGACAAGCAAUUGUGUGCGGGCGGUGAGAAGGACAAGGACUCGUGUAAAGGGGACUCAGGCGGCCCCCUCAUGUACAUGAAAGGACGGAUCCAGGAAAUUAUAGGACUCGUCAGCUUCGGAACGAAGCCGUGUGGACUGGAAAAAGUUCCAGCCGUGUAUACCAAAGUUUACGAAUACAUCACUUGGAUCCGCGAUACGCUGAAGCCUUGAAAUUGAAACUGUAAUUUAUUAAGCUAGAAGAAUGUGUUAUGAAUUAUGUAUAAUUAAAAUAUUAAAUGUAAUUGUAGUAUAUAAAAAAAAAUUAAAAUUAAAAUGUUAAUAAUA